GUAAUAAGCCUUCAUCUCCUCUCUCUUUCUGUGACUCUCUGUCUGUGCAUAGCUAAUAGAUGGAUCUCUGUUUAUCUUUCUUUUCGAAUUUGUGUUUUUGUUGGUAAGAAGACCCUUGUUUCAACUUUGUAUAAUUGAUUGAUGAGAAAUCAUUGGAUGCUGUGAAGUACGAGGGAUUUGUGAUUGUUUCAUGGGCAACACAUGCCGGGGAUCUUUCAGAGGGAAAUAUUUUCAGGGCUACGGCGAGCCCGAAGAACAAUCGACCUCCAAGCGCAACUCUGACCGCUCAAAUUCCGAUUAUUCCCCCAGCAGCUUGAACUCUCAGCAGCUCGUUUCUCAGGAAUUCGCCAAGGAAAACCCUAAGAAAGAAACCCGUGUAUCCAUCCUUAGUCCAACCAAUAAAGACGGCACCAUGAGGCGCGGUGUUGAUAACCAAUCUUAUUAUGUGUUGGGUCAUAAGACUGCUAAUAUUCGCGACCUUUACUCAUUGGGGCGUAAAUUGGGCCAAGGACAAUUUGGUACGACUUAUUUAUGUACUGAUAUGGCCACAGGCAUUGAGUAUGCCUGCAAAUCGAUUUCAAAGAGAAAGUUGAUUUCUAGGGAAGAUGUAGAGGAUGUGAGAAGGGAAAUUCAGAUAAUGCAUCAUUUGGCAGGUCACAAGAAUAUUGUGACGAUCAAGGGUGCUUAUGAGGAUCCAUUGUACGUUCAUAUCGUGAUGGAGCUUUGUGCUGGGGGUGAGCUGUUUGACCGGAUCAUUCAGAGGGGGCAUUACAGUGAGAGAAGGGCAGCUGAAUUGACAAAGAUUAUUGUAGGGGUUGUCGAGGCUUGUCAUUCACUUGGGGUUAUGCAUAGAGAUUUAAAGCCUGAGAAUUUCCUAUUGGUUAACAAGGAUGAUGAUUUCUCUCUCAAAGCCAUUGAUUUUGGACUCUCUGUUUUCUUUAAACCAGGUCAAGUUUUCACUGAUGUGGUUGGAAGUCCAUAUUAUGUUGCUCCUGAGGUACUUUGCAAGCAUUACGGGCCAGAAGCAGAUGUGUGGACGGCAGGGGUCAUACUGUAUAUAUUACUAAGUGGUGUACCGCCAUUUUGGGCAGAAACUCAACAGGGGAUAUUUGAUGCGGUGCUGAAGGGAUUCAUUGAUUUCGAAUCAGAACCGUGGCCACUAAUAUCUGACAGUGCAAAGGAUCUGAUUCGCAAAAUGCUGUGUUCUCGGCCUGCAGAUCGCUUGACUGCUCAUGAAGUAUUAUGUCAUCCUUGGAUAUGCGAGAAUGGAGUUGCUCCAGACAGGUCAUUAGAUCCAGCUGUACUUUCUCGUCUCAAACAGUUCUCGGCAAUGAAUAAGUUGAAGAAAAUGGCUUUACGGGUAAUAGCUGAAAGCCUAUCAGAGGAGGAGAUUGCUGGUUUGAGAGAGAUGUUUAAAGCAAUGGAUACUGAUAGCAGUGGUGCAAUCACAUUUGAUGAGCUAAAAGCUGGUUUAAGAAGAUAUGGUUCUACCUUGAAAGAGUCAGAGAUACGAGAUCUUAUGGAUGCAGCUGAUGUGGACAACAGUGGGACCAUUGAUUAUGGAGAAUUUAUUGCUGCCACAGUUCAUCUUAAUAAACUAGAACGCGAGGAGCACCUUGUUGCAGCAUUUCAGUACUUUGACAAAGAUGGAAGUGGCUAUAUAACAGUUGAUGAACUCCAGCAAGCUUGUGCAGAACAUAAUAUGACCGAUGUUUUCCUUGAAGACAUUAUCAAGGAAGUUGAUCAGGAUAAUGAUGGAAGGAUCGACUACAGUGAAUUUGUUGCUAUGAUGCAAAAGGGCAAUGCAGGGAUUGGAAGAAGAACCAUGCGAAACAGUCUGAAUAUGAGCAUGAGAGAUGCACCAGGAGCUUUUUAGCUAACACGUGUACAGGUUGGGUGGGCAGCUGAGCUAGAAAGGAGAAUCGGCAAUGACAUCCACGCGAUUUUUGGUUCCUCCCCAGCUUCUCAGAAUCUUGGACAUUUUACAGAAGUUUUGGGUUAUGGAGGUUUAAUUGUUGAGCAUUCAUCAGUCAUGCCAUUGUGAUAUUGUGUAACUUAAGGAAAUGUUAUAAACUUUGUAAACUUCCAGAGUGUCUAGUGUUACAGCUAUUCAUGUUGUUGUUAAGUUA